UUCUUUGAAGCAGCGUCCACAGAACUGCAUGCAGAUUCCUAUCACAAGUCUUGUAAACUAGAUUAUAUCCACUCACUGGAUAUGACUUUAUUUAAUUUCCUUCUCGCUGUGGGCUUAAUGCCCGGCAUAAUGGCUGGAAGUUACUUCAUUAAUGUAGACCCAACAAAAUCCAGAAAGGAAAUGAAACAUUUCUGGAAAAGCACAGGAUUUUGCCCUCCUUUACCACACGACCAGGCAGAAACAUAUUUUUUGGGAAGAGACCAGAGAUUAAACCUGGCAUACAUAUCGUCUGUUCCUCAUGGUGGAAUUGUGCAAAUCCGAAUUCACUGGUUAUUGGACCUUAUUAAAGUUUCGGUUAUUAAUGGAACAGCACAUUACAACUUCACUAAAUUGGAUGAAUUUAUGGAUCUUCUGGUAGACAAUGGAUUGGUGCCAGGUUUCGAAUUGAUGGGAAGUCCAUCAGGAUAUUUUACCAAUUUUGAAGAUAAAGCACAAGUGUUUGAAUGGAGACAACUAAUCUUCUUAACAGCAAAGCGUAACAUUGAAAAGUAUGGUUUAGAACAUGUCUCAGCCUGGAAUUUUGAAACUUGGAAUGAACCAGAUAAUCAUGAUUUUGACAAUGUCUCCAUCACAGUAACAGGUUUUCAGAACUACUACGAUGCCUGCUCCGAAGGACUGAAACAAGCAAGUCCACAGUUAAAAUUUGGUGGCCCAGGAGAUUCAUGUCACUCACCUCCAAGGUCACCUAUCUGUUGGAGUCUACUGAGUCAUUGCCAUAAUGGUACCAAUAUCUUUACUGGGGAGAUGGGAGUGAGACUGGACUACAUUGCUCUGCAUAAAAAGGGUGGAGGAAGCUCAUAUCGGAUUUUGGAGCAGGAGCUCGAUACUGUUAGUGAAAUUCAACAGCGAUUUCCACGGUUCAAGCUGGUUCCUAUAUACAAUGAUGAGGCCGACCCUCUAGUAGGUUGGUCCACACCACAGUCUUGGAGAGGCGAUGUUACAUAUGCAGCCAUGGUCAUAAAGAUAAUACAUCAGCACCUGGAUUUCAUGAGUUCAGAUGGAAACCUCACCAUGAACUACAGCUUGCUAAGUAACGAUAAUGCCUUUAUGAACUAUUACCCUCACUACUUUACUCAGAGGACACUGACGUCAAGAUUCCAGAUGAACAACACUAAGCCCCCACAUGUCCAGAUGGUGAGAAAACCAGUGCUAACUGUAAUGGGUUUGCUGGCGUUAUUAGGAGAAACACAGGUUUCCACUUACAUGGUUUGGGACUUGGAUGCAUCCAGCAACUACAGUACUGUUGGAGUCAUAGCAAGUGUGCAUGAACCAAAGAAUAGAGAUCAGACUGAUAGCUGGCAGUCAACCAUAGUCGUGUAUGCUUCAGAUGAUAACAGAACGUCUACUGACAUCAAUUUAGUAACUUUAAAUCUGACGAAUUUUCCAAAGUCAAAAGAUCUUGUGUAUGUAACAUACUACAUGGAUAACAUGUUAACAAACCCAUUUUUGGAAUGGCAAAAGACAGGAAGUCCAGAUUUUCCUUCUGUUGAAGAAUUUAAGCUCAUACGUGAUAUGGAGGAUCCAGUCAUAAAAAGACCCGUUGCAUUCCCUAAAGAUGGUGAUAUGGUUCUGAAAGUAGAACUUUCAGUUCCUUCAGUGCUUCUUGUUCAUAUAUGUGAACAGCCUCAAUCUCCUCCUGGAAAGGUUACUGGACUUAAUAUUAUUCCUCUUUUUAGAGGACAAGUAACAGUUGUGUGGAGUGAUGCAUAUGUAGUAACACGAUGUUUGAAGACAUAUGAAGUAGAGUUUUCGUGCGAUGGCUUAAACUUUAGAAGAAUAAACACAAAGAAUAUAUUUUUUACUUUAUUCACUUAUAGUCCCGAAAAUUCCACAGUGUCUGGAUUUUAUAGAGUGCGUGCUAUUAACUAUUGGGAUACUCCAGGGCCCUACAGUGCUCCAGAAGAGUAUACAGAUUUAUAGUAGAAGUGUAAUUGCCAUUUUACUUUUAUUUUUGUAAUGUGUAGGGGCAGUGACACUGACCAUUUUUGUAAUAUACUUUAAUUACUGAAAUCAUACAUUUAUAUUAGAAAAAUA